AUUUAAUCGAAGCUUUACGGUUUUGUGCGUGUUCGCUUAUCGUAUUGUGGUAUGGUUUAAAUAAACCGUCGUUGUAUCCCUGUUUGUGGGAAGGGAAGGCUACGCACUCUUCCACUUAACUUUUCAGCUAGGGGGAAACAGUGAGCCAUCAUAAAAAUGGAAGAAGUCUUUGGAGAGGGUGACACAGAGAACCCAGAAGCCAUGUCUGCAGAUGCCCUAGCAGCAGAAUCCAUGGCGGCUGACAUGGACCCCUGGAUAGUGUUCGAUGCCCGCAAGACUCCUCGGGCUGAGUUUGAGCAGUGGCUUGAAUCAAACCAGCCCUCACAGGUCAGCCGCUUUGGAGAAGAUAGGGAAAACCCUUGCCCUGUAGGAUGGAUCGCAGUGUACAGCCCAAACCACAGUCCCAGCAAUCGUGAUGUUACUGGGCUCCAGGAGUCCUGGGAGAAGUUGCUGGCCAGCGGGCGGCCAGUUGGCUUUCCGUCAGUAAAGGAGCUGGCUCUAAAUCACGGUGUGCUCUCUGGAAAAUGGCUUAUGCACCUGGACACGGGCUUCAAGGUGGAUCAUGCUUGGGAAGGGAUAGCCAGAGCUACUGUGGAUGGAAAGAUCUCAGCGGCCAAGGUGAGCCCACGCAUGCCUAAAUCUGACAGCAAGCACGUCAUCUGUGUCUACAAUCAGACCUUCACGGAUGAGGACCAGGUCAUGAGACUAGAUGCGGAAAUACGGGCGACAGGUGUGAAAUGCCUGCUGUCCUACAAGCCUGAUGUUUACACCUACCUGGGCAUCUACCGCAAUAACUGCUGGAACAUGUGCCCCACCAUUUAUGAGAGCAAGUUUGACCUGGAGUGUGUUCCACGUCGCUCCCAUAUUGUGAACAAAGUCACAGGUUUGGUGGUCUCAUGAUGGCAGUCACAGACAUUGGAUACUAUGACCUAUGAAAAAAUAUAACAGAACUUAUGUUAUGUUUAUAGUAAAUUAGGGCUGCAGUAUUUCAGUAUGUAGAUUUACUGAUUUUUUUUUUUGGGGGGAGGUGCAGCUGCUUUCAUCAUUUUGUGAAGGGGUAGGGAUACAUUAUUGUGAGUGGCAGCAGCUUGAUAAGUGAAUCAAAAUUUGUUUGCUUUCUCUUAUUCAUAAAGAUGUUCAAAAUUUUCAAA